AUGGAAGAUCAGUCGAUAAUAUCUCAAGAAGACAUGGAAGAUGAGUCGAUAGUAUCUCAAGAAGACAUGGGAGACGACUACUCUAUAUUAUCUCAAGAAGAAAACCAAAUCGAACCAGAAGACGAGAUCAUGGUCUCGUACUAUCUGAAGAUGAUGAUCAACAACCGCAAAUCAUGGCCUGACCACUUUCUCCGAGACGAAGAAGCAAACGUGUACAACCUGAAUCCAUGGAGUUCCUUCAACGCUCCGAACUCUGAUCACUACUUCAUCUUCGUCAAACGCAGAACAGAUUCUUGCGGUAAGACCGAUGGAAGUGCGUCUGGUUGCUGGAGGAUCAUGGCUCGUGAUAAACUGAUCAAGUGCGAGGAGACCGGGAGGAUUCUAGGGUUCAAGAAGAUUCUCAAGUUCUGUGAAAACAACAAGAAACGAUCAAAGGAACAGGAAGAAGAAGAAGAGAUCAUCUGGGUGAUGGAAGAGUAUAGGCUCGUCGAUAAAUGGAAGCAAGAUCAAGUGAUUUGCACGAUUAGGGAAUUGCUACAACAUGAGGUUACUACCUUGCUCGCCAAGCAUCUCUCGUUUCUCCCUAAAUGGAUCAGACCCUUUUCUCGCAAAAACUUGCCGAUGUGGGAUCUCUGUGUACCGGAUCCACCAAGGGAUGAGAUCAUCUCGUACCAUCUGAAGAUGUGUGUGGAUGUUCGAAACGACUGGCCUAGCCAUUUCCUCCCAAGCGAACAAGUGUACGGUGUAGCUCCGUGGAUGAUCGUGGAUCCUGAUCAGAGCUCCGUCGACCUACAAGAGGGACCCUACUUCUUCGUUAACCGCACGGAGAGUUCUGGUCGGACAGACGGAUGCGAUGGAGGUUGCUGGAGGAUCAUGAGACGAGACAGAGUGAUCACUUCGAAGAGAAACAAGGUUCUUGGGUUCAAGAGGCUGUUCAAGUUCUGCGUCAAGGGGGAAGCAGAACCAGUUUACAAGUUUUGGGCAGAUGAGAAGUAUAAAGUGAACGAGCUUAAGGUGACUUGGGUAAUGGAUGAGUAUAGGCUGGCUAAGAAGAAGGAACAAGGUAAAGUGAUUUGCAGGAUUCGCCUUCUCUUCCCAUUACCACUUAAAUGUCAUCUUAAACAUUUCUAG